CGGCCCGGAACCUUAGAAUCCUGGUAGCCUUUCUAUCAGGACAGAUUAAUACGUUGCACUACCUACUUCCGGCGCUUGUUUGGCUGGCAGUUUAAAAUGGUAGUACGCUGUGUGUAACGCCUACUUUUAAUGCCUAAAUGGCAAGGUUUUUAGACAAGAAAGCUGAGAGGACAACAAAGAGUCCUGCAUAACGCACUAAAGGAUUAGCGGCACUGUUUUAGUUGUAAUAUGUUCAAAAAGAUGACUGAAUUUGGUCCAGAUUCCGGGGGGCGCGUUAAGGGAGUGACUAUUGUGAAGCCUAUUGUGUUUGGGAAUGUUGCCCGCUACUUUGGAAAGAAGAGAGAAGAGGAUGGGCACACACACCAGUGGUCUGUGUAUGUGAAGCCUUACAGAAAUGAGGAUAUGUCAGCUUAUGUGAAAAAGAUCCAGUUCAAGCUACAUGAGAGCUAUGGUAACCCUCUGAGAGUGGUCACUAAGCCUCCAUAUGAAAUCACAGAGACAGGCUGGGGGGAGUUUGAGAUCAUCAUCAAGAUCUUCUUCAUCGAUCCCAAUGAGAGACCUGUGACCUUGUACCACCUGUUGAAGCUGUUCCAGUCAGAUUCCAGUGCCAUGCCCAAGAAGACAGUUGUGUCUGAAUUCUACGAUGAAAUGAUCUUUCAGGAUCCAACAGCCAUGAUGCAGCAGCUACUGACCACAUCGAGGCAACUCACCCUGGGAGCCUACAAACAUGAGACGGAGUUCGGUGAACUGGAGCAGAGGACCAAGGAGAAACUGGAAGUGGCAAAGAAGAGAACAAGCCAAGAGAUCGCGGAGCUGAAAGACAAACUCAAAGCCAGCAGAGAGAACAUCAACCACCUUAAGGCAGAGAUUAGAAAACUGGAAGAGGACGGAGACCAUAAAGAGCACUGAAAGAAGGACAAAUAUGCUUAUGGGUGCAAUCAGUUGUUGAAGCGAUUUUCUGUGCUCCUGCCCUCUCAAAGGAUUUAACAAACAAACAAAAAAAAAGUCAGUGUUGUUAUUUGUUUGAGGAU